AUGGACUGGUACGCGUGGCUGUCGCGGACGGGGCUGGCGCCGUCACUGACGUACGAGUACGGGCGCCUCUUCAGCCGGAACGAGCUGGAGCCCGGGGACGCGGCGCACUUCGACCACGACCUGCUCAAGAGCAUGGGCAUCGCCGUCGCCAAGCACCGCCUCGAGAUCCUCAAGCUGGCCAAGAAGCAGGCCGGGGACGGCGCGGAGGCUGCGGGGGCGGGCGCCUCGUCGGCGGCCUCGCGGCUCGCGUGCAGGGCCACCAGGUGCCUGUCCCGGUGCGUGCGCCGGCUGGCCGGAGGAGGAGGCGGCGGGAGGAGGAGGGGCGGCGCGUCGUCGGUCACCGUCGUCCCGAGGAUCUGCAGCGGCGACGACGCCGUCCGCGUCGGCGCCGUGCAGCGGAAGAGCACCGGUGGCGGCAGCGCCACCAAGAAGAUGGUGCUCAUGAUCACCGACGGCGUCGUCGCCGGAGCGGGCGGCGGCGGCGGCGGCGCGAGGCUGUCGGCGUCGUCUCAGAAGGCGAGCCUGAUGUUCCAUGACUGCUACCACGACGACGACGAGGAGCACGAGGAGGGGGAAGAGGACGAGGACGAGGACGAGGACGAGGACGGCGGCGCCGGCAACGACGACGACAUCAAGUGGGACUCCAUGUUUCAGGACCUCAAACCCACGUGA